GCCCUGCUGUGCGAGUAAAUUCUUUCAGCGCCAAGACGAGUUGUACACAGCCUUUUCGGCUAAGUUGAAUGCUGAUUGCCCACUGUAUCUGGGCUGACAAGUCAAGUGGCGGACUAACUUGAGCUGGGGGGACCCGUUUACAAUUACAUAUUAUCACAACGUCUGCUCCGCUGGGCUUCAUGUAUUGCCUCUUCAUUCCUCUUGGUCUUUGCUUCGUGCCGUUUACGGUGGUUUUUUUUUCCCCCUGUUUUAUUUUUAUUUUUGUCUUCUUUCGUCCUCUGGACCAUUGAAACAUUCUUAGCUGAGGCUGGCCACUCUCUACCUCAAUCCGCCUGACAAGACUGCUUUCGUCACUGUCGACCACUGUUCACCGGUUCUCGCCCUCGUGUUUGUCUCUGCUUGGGGUUUCGAGUCUCAGAACAGGUUGAAACAUUGAAAAACAACCGUUUCCCGCUUGGCUUCGAUUGUCAUUGUUUCCUCCGGUCGAUCAUUCAUUAUUUGGGUAUUGUCUUGUGUGUUGCGACAAAGCGCCUCAAUUCCUACCUCAAUUAUUCCAUUCACUAUCAUUCUACUCGCGCAAGCGCCCAAACGUCAACGUCGAUCGUCUUAAACGCCUGCCUUUAUCGAUUGGCCUGUGUCUCAAUUCGCCCUUGCCCUUCACUUACUCGCGGCAAUUGACAUCGACCCGUUCUUUACCGCUGAUCCAAAUCCGCCCAAAGUUGGAGAUCGUCAGCCUGGCCUGCUUUCUUUCCAACUGCAACUGGGAACAUCAUCACCUUGUGGACGAGGUGAAGACGACUUGGACUUCCUACGUCAUUGAGAACUGCCUUGUAGCGACAGUGAUCAAUACCCAAGUCAGCCUUGUUCUCCGCGGAUCGUUUAUUGUUCUUUGCCUUCGCGCUGCGUUACAUUUUGUGUUGAACACACCUUCACCAGCACCAAAUCUCCCAAGUCACCACUGAACAUCUCGCUCGCCGAUCACGAUUUAUCGACACAAGCGCCAAGUCAAUCAUUUGUUUACCAUCAUGUUCUGACACCAAAGAGCGAACACAAGGAGGAACAGCAUACACCUACUUUCUUUAAAACCACCACUGACCUCUUGACUCUUAUUCGGGACCUUUUGUUCGUCGCACAAUUAUAUUGUCCAUCAUUCAUUCACAGCGAACUGCGAAUUCUCCCUCUUUAUUCGCCCAAAGAACCGGAUAAAAAGAAGCCGACUCUCAUUUCCUACUACACUUGCUCCCAGAGAGCAACUACUUAACAAGAUGGAUUUCACACGGCGCAGGAUCGCCGAUAUCAGCUCAUACAUACCAACAUCAACCCUCAAAUCUCGUGGCGAAGCCGUUCCUGCAGAUGCUGAGGCAACUCCAAACUAUCACUCAAAUCUCGAUGGUGUAAACCAACCUAUGAAUUUACUUUUUAAAGAUGCCUUGUGGUGGACCUUGGGCAUCAUGGCCCUUGUUGUUCUGUCCAUCAGAAUAAUUGAGAUCCUGUGGAUGAGACUCCGACAGGUGUCUGCCAUGAACGUGUCCGGCUCCAAACAAGCGUACUGGAGGAUAUCUCAAUGGAGCUGGAUGCCAAACGUCAAGAAGAACCUCAUAUACGCUCCUCUGUGGAACAAACGUCACAACCGAGAGUUCAAGCUAUCCUCUGCUAUUAGCAUGGGAACCCUUCCUUCGCGACUUCACUUCAUCAUCCUCUUCAUCUACCUGGGCAGCAACUUCGCCUAUAUGUUCGUCCUCAACUGGCACAAUGAGAACAAGCUUGCUUUCUGUGCCGAGUUACGAGGCCGCUCAGGAACCUUGGCGCUUGUCAACAUGGUGCCCUUAAUUAUUUUCGCUGGGCGCAACAACCUCCUCAUUGGCCUGCUCAAGAUCAGUUUUGACACCUACAAUCUUCUACAUCGAUGGAUGGGUCGUAUUGUGGUCCUCGAGUCUAUUAUCCACACUAUCGCCUGGCUCAUUGUCGCCGUGGAUGACUUGGGUUGGGGUGGUGUUGGCCAUAAACUUUCCCAUGGACUUUUUGAAGGCUCGGGAGCCGUUGGCACGGUUGCUAUGACCUUCCUCCUUCUGCUUUCCGUUUCGCCUUUGCGUCAUGCCUUUUACGAGACUUUCCUCAACGUUCACAUUGUCCUAGCCUUCGUUGCCUUCGUCGCUACGUGGAUUCACUGUGCUUCGUCUGCACUCAAAGGUGGCCUACCUCAACUUCCCUGGAUCAUGGCCAUCAUGGCCAUCUGGUUCGCCGACCGCCUCGCUCGUAUGCUCCGGAUUGUCUUUGUCAACUGGUCUUCCAAGGGAUGGACUGAUGCGGUGUGCGAGGCUAUGCCCGGCAACGUCACUCGAGUCACCCUCCACUUACCCCGAUAUGUCGAUAUUGAGCCUGGCACUCACGCAUACCUACGCUUUUGGGGUCUUUGUGCCUGGGAGAGCCAUCCUUUCUCUAUCUGCUGGGUCAAUCAUGUUCGUGAUAACAGCUUACCAAUUGCGGAAAAGGAUCCUCUCCACGCAGUCGACAGGUCAACCAUGACUACUACAGUGUCUUUCCUGAUUGGAGCCCAGACAGGUUUCACUAAGAAGCUCUUCGACCGUGCCUCCAGAUGCCCGCGAGGUCUCCGCAUCAAGGCUGCGAUGGAAGGUCCCUACGCCGGACAUAACAGCCUUGAUUCAUAUGGCCAUGCAGUCCUCUUUGCCGGCUCGACUGGAAUUACUCACCAAAUCUCGUACAUUCGCCAUCUCCUCGAAGGAUACAACCAGGGCACUACUGCUGCUCGACGCAUCACACUUGUCUGGAUUAUCCGCGAAUACGAAUCUCUCGAGUGGGUGCGGCCCUACAUGGAUACGAUUCUUCGUAUUCCAAACCGAAAAGACAUACUCCGCAUCCAGAUCUUCGUCACCCGUCCUCAGAACCCACGCGAUAUUGUCAGUGCUAGCGCCACGGUGCGUAUGUUCCCAGGACGGCCAAACGUUCCCCUCAUCCUGGCCCGAGAGGUGCAAGAGCAGAUGGGUGCCAUGUGCGUCACAGUCUGUGGCCCUGGUGCUCUUGCUGAUGAUGUUCGGGGUGCUGCCCGAGCAGUGCAGGGCUCAACCGUGGUGGACUUUGUAGAAGAAAGCUUUACGUGGUAAACUGCAACGAGAGUGGUGGAAGUAAUCAAGAGGUUUCCGUUCGAACUGUACAUACUUACGGCAAGUGGGGGUUAUUUCAUGGAGGGAGGUUGAUAUCAUGGACAAUCAUAGCGUAAAAGCGUUUCCAUAAAGCGAUCGUAUUAUUAGAGAUCUUAAGAGAACUAUCACUGGGACGAACCACAUUUUUGUUUAUAUUAGUGACAUGUUUAACUAUAAUCCAGGACGUGGGAACACCAUGUACUUAUUACCAUACCCGGUCCCUUAAUUGAUGAGGCUCAGGCAAACCUA